UCGAAAAAAGUAAAGAAAAGCCCGAAGAAGCAAGCGGUUGCCCGAUUUGUUUUGGUUUCUUCUUUCAGCAGAUUACCAUCCAGAAACCAAGACAUGGUAUCGUCAGUGGGGGCCAAUUGGGCCGUGAGCGCCGCCUCAACCGCCGUCUCGAGCCUCAAGAAGGCCGCCGUGCUGUACCACUAUCCGUGCCCUGACGGGGCGUUCGCGGCCUUAGCAGCUCAUAUGUACUUCUCCGCCUUUCCUUCGACCCCCGCCCUCUUCUUCCCCAACACAGUCUACAACCCCAUCAAGCCCCAGCAGCUCCCUCUCCAUGAAAUCGACGACCUUUACCUCCUCGACUUUGUGGGGCCCCCUGGUUUCGUCCAAGAAGUCUCCUCCCAAGUCAACAGGGUGGUUGUGUUGGACCACCACAAGACUGCCCUUGAGACGUUGGGUGGUGACAGUGACACUGCUGAGAAUGUUCUCAAGGUGAUUGACAUGGGGAGAAGUGGAGCUACGAUUGCCCAUGAUUACUUCAAGCAGAAGCUUGCUGGGAACAGCGCGAGAGUGAAGGAAUUUGAGAGGAUGAGGCGCUUAUUCGAGUAUGUUGAGGACGCGGACCUAUGGAGGUGGAAUCUGCCCAAUAGCAAGGCUUUCUCCAGUGGCUUGAACGACCUGAACAUUGAAUUCGAUGUUGGGGCGAGCCCCUCCUUGUUUCAUCAGCUUCUCUCUUUGGAUCUGGACUCUGUUAUUAGUCAAGGCAUGUUGAGCCUAUCACACAAGCAAAAGUUAAUAGAUGAGGCUCUCCUCCAGUCAUACGAGAUUGCCCUUGGUGGUGGAGUGUUUGGUCGUUGCUUGGCUGUCGAUGCAGAUUCUGAUUUAUCCCAGUUGAGAAGUGAGCUCGGGAAGCAAUUAGCUGAUAAAAGCCAGAAGAUGAAUUUGAGGAGCAUUGGGGCUAUUGUGUACCGGGUGCCGGAGUUUCAAAAUGAUGAAUUGCUGAAGAUUAGCCUUCGUAGCGAGGGCGAUGAAGACACGACGUCGAUCUCACAGAAAUUCGGAGGUGGUGGGCAUUGGAAUGCUAGUUCCUUCAUGUUGAGUUCCAAAGAGUUCGAGCAAUGGAGAGUCUCUUGAUCAAUCAUAAGGCAGUUGUGACAUCUUCAAAUUGGUUCAUUUAUUCAUAUAAGAGUUCUAGAAUGCCCUCAUAAUUUCUCAAUGUAAUUCUCACUUUUCAACUGAAAAUAAACAACGCAUAGCACAGCAUAGCAUAAUUCUCUCUUCUUCAUGUCACAUCCUCGUCUUUGCUCUUACCAUCAGUUCAACGAAAGCAAGAGUGUUGGACAAAUGCGAGAUGUUUACACGUUAUAUUCUUGAUGUGGGGUCUGUUAAAUUGCAACACCAGCCCCAGUUUGAGUUCGAAUAAGUCUGUUACAAUUUGUUUUUAGUCGUGGUCUAGCUCUUUGUUAUUGAGUCUUUGUUACAGGGUCUUUGUCAUAAAGUCUUUGUUACGGAGUCUUUGUUAUUGUUGGUUAAAUUUGAUUCGUGUUUUGUUA